UGCAUGCAAUCGGCUGAGGUGGGUCCAUGUCGUGCUCUAAUGCCAAAAUAUUACUAUAACGCCACAAUGAAAAGAUGUAUGAAAUUCAUGUUUGGCGGGUGCCAUGAGAAUGAAAAUAACUUCCCUGACUUAGAAACUUGUGCGAAGACUUGUGGUUGGUAUUUUCCCCGUUUAUAUUUAAGAUGUAGGAAUCCUUGA